CACCAGCCUCCUGUUUUGUUUCUCAUCUGCAUAACACUGUUUGAAUCUUUAUAUAUAUAGACCAACCAAGAUCACAAGUCCUUCAUCCAUUCCAAAAUUCAUCAUAAACCUCACAAUAUUGUUCACUUGAAAAAAGAUGAGUUCGGCAAGCAGAGCUUGGAUUGUGGCAGCAAGCGUUGGGGCUGUGGAGGCACUCAAAGAUCAAGGGUUCUGUAGAUGGAACUAUGCCAUGAGAUCCAUACACCACCACGCCAAGAACAACGUGAGGGCUUACUCUCAGGCCAAGAAACUGUCUCCCUCGUCAUCCGCCCCGGUUUCGAGUAAAAUAAGAGAAGACAAGGCAAAGCAGUCAGAGGAGUCUCUCAGAAAAGUCAUGUACUUGAGUUGUUGGGGUCCCAAUUGAACACCCCCAAAUUAUUGAUAGUUUGAGAAGUUUGUUAUUCCGAGGUUCGAUCGGAAAACGGUAACUGUAUAUUGUAUAGUCCAAAGCCUGUUGCUUUAUAAUGGAAAAAAACUCAAAUUUUGUUGUUUAAUU